AUGCAAUACUCAUCAUCCCUCGUCGCCGUCGCCGGCCUCCUCACGACCGUCGCCGGCCACGGCUCCCUCAUCAGCCCCACUCCCCGGCCCGUCGGCGAAGCCUACCGAGCCGUCUGCGGCCAGCAGGUCUACAACCAGCAGCUGAGCGACCGGAACGGCAACAUCCAGGGCAUCCUCCAGGUCGCGCGCUCGCAGAGCGACUUCACAGAGGAGUGCGACGUCUGGCUCUGCAAGGGCUUCCAGUUCGCCGACAACUCGGCCAACGUGCAGACCUACACCGCGGGCCAGGAGGUGCCGAUGACCUUCAACAUUGCCGCGCCGCACACGGGGCCGGCCAACGUCUCCAUCGUGCACGUUCCCACCGGCACCCUCAUCGGCGACCCGCUGAUCACCUGGGCCGAGUACGCCUCGAACGCGGUCGGCCCCAAGGCCGACCAGCGGGACUUCACCGUCACCAUCCCGUCCGACCUCGGCAACCAGUGCGCCACGGCGGGCGAUUGUGUGCUCCAGCACUGGUGGGACGCGCGCUCCGUCGACCAGACCUACGAGUCGUGCGUGGACUUCACCGUCGGCGGCGGCUCCGGAACUACUCCGUCCACGCCGCCCGCGAAUCGACCAGCUACGCCGCCCGCGGAUCGACCAGUUGCGCCGGUGGAAGUCGCCAGCAACCCGUCCACCAUGGUAACCUCGAGAAAGCCAGCGCCUACCGUGCCUCCUGCUAACCGGCCCGCUCCCGCUACGCCCCCUACCACCUCCAACACCGAGCUCAAGGAAGAGGAAGAGGAAGAGGACGAAGAGUGCGAUUAA